AUGGACAUGGCGGCCACGACUUCCGAGUCCGCCAUCAGCUUUGCGGACCACGACAUUCCCGUAGCCAAUCUCUCGACCAUCUCACUCGCUAAACUCCGCGCCCAGGACCCAGCUGAGCGGGCGCACCUGGUGCAAGCUACCUCCCAGCGCGGCAUCUUCCUUUUGGACCUACGCGGAGAUGCCGAGGGCGAGCGUGUGCUCGCGCAUCUCCCGGACGUGUUUGCAGUAGAGGAGAAGUACUUUUCCCAGUCCGCGGAGGCCAAGGCCGAGGAUAUCAGGCACGACAUCAGGGCGUCCCAAGAUCUGGGGUGGAAGGCGCUGAAGGGGGGGGAAUCGUUCGAGAUAUCGCGGGACGAGCUGGUAUCUCGAGACACGAAGACGACGACGACCAUACCGUGUCCACCCAAGCUCUUCCGAGAUCAAUGGGAGAAGAUCAGCGCCUUCAGCACGGGUUGCGACGAGGCGUGCAUGAUGCUGCUCAACAGCCUUUCUGCAGACGUCGUCGUGAAACACCACCGCGCGGACCAGCCCAGCGACACAGGCCUCAAGAUGGUCUUGCUCCCCUCUUUGGCCAGCCCGCCUGAUCCCGAGGGCGGGGUACACACGGAUGGUGGAAGCAUUACGUUGCUGUUCCACCACGACUUGAGCAUCCGCGCAUUUCUCCAGGACGCCAAUGGGUGGGCGUUUGCGGCCCCCACAGAGGGGUGCGCGCUCGUCAAUGUGGCGGACUCGCUGCAGAGGCUGUCCAGUGGGAAAUUCCUCUCGCCGAAGCACGGGGUGGCACAACCUUUCGGUGGCGUCAAGAACCGGUACUACCUCAGCUACUUCUUGAGACCGGAGACUGCACUACUUGAGCAGUGGUCUGAGACAAAUUGA